UACAAGUACACCAUGGGCGUGAAACUCGAUUUAAAAGUAUGAAUAUGGUAGGAGCUUCAACUGAGAUAGUUCAUGCAAAACAUUAUAGAAUUACGAAAACUUCAAAAUUACUGCCCAACAUUGGCAAAGAAAGUUGACAACUGGAGGAGAGCAGCCAGGGACAGAGAUACUUGGAGGCGGAUGCUAGGGGAGGCCAGGGCCCGACUUGGGCUGUAGCGCCAUAGGAGAGAGAGAAUUACUUGCAGGUUUACGCCAGAACGAGAUUAAAACUAUAUCCGAAAGAAAGUUAUUAACACACACUGGAGAAAAGCGUUACAAGUGCAAAAUUUGUUCUAAGCAAUUUAGUCAGGAUGAACAUUUGAAAAACCAUUUAAGGAUACACACUGGUGAAAAGCCAUACAAGUGUGAAAUUUGUUCUAAACAAUUUAAUCAGGGUGGAAAUUUGAAAAAGCAUUUAAGGAUACACACUGGUGUAAAGCCAUACAAGUGUGAAAUUUGUUCUAAACAAUUUAAUCAGGAUAGAAGUUUGAAAAUGCAUUUAAGGAUACACACUGGUGAAAAGCCAUACGAGUGUGAAAUUUGUUCUAAGCAAUUUAAUCAGGAGGGAAAUUUGAAAACGCAUUUAAGGAUGCACACGGGAGAAAAGCCAUACAAGUGUGAAAUUUGUUCUAACCAAUUUAAUCACGGUAGAAGUUUGAAAAUGCAUUUAAGGAUACACACUGGUGAAAAGCCAUACAAGUGUGAAAUUUGUUCUAAACAAUUUAAUCAGGAUAGAAGUUUGAAAAAGCAUUUAAGGAUACACACUGGAGAAAAGCCAUACGAGUGUGAAAUUUGUUCUAAACAAUUUAAUCAGGGUGGAAUUUUGAAACGGCAUUUAAGGAUACACACUGGAGAAAAGCCAUACGAGUGUGAAAUUUGUUCUAAGCAAUUUAAUCAGGAGGGAAAUUUGAAACAGCAUUUAAGGAUACACACUGGAGAAAAGCCAUACAAGUGUGAAAUUUGUUCUAAGCAAUUUAGUCAUGAUGAACAUUUGAAACGCCAUUUAUGGAUACACACUGGUGAAAAGCCAUACAAGUGUGAAAUUUGUUCUAAACAAUUUAAUCGGAAUGAAAGUUUGAAAAUGCAUUUAAGGAUACACACUGGCGAAAAGCCAUACAAGUGUGAAAUUUGUUCUAAACAAUUUAAUCGGAAUGGAAGUUUGAAAAUGCAUUUAAGGAUACACACUGGCGAAAAUCCAUACAAGUGUGAAAUUUGUUCUAAACAAUUUAAUCAGGAUGGAAGUUUGAAAAUGCAUUUAAGGAUACACACGGGAGAAAAGCCAUACAAGUGUGAAAUUUGUUCUAAGCAAUUUAAUCAGGAGGGAAAUUUGAAACAGCAUUUAAGGAUACACACUGGAGUUAAGCCAUACAAGUGUGUAAUUUGUUCUAAGCAAUUUAAUCGGGAUGGACGUUUGAAAAUGCAUUUAAGGAUACACACUGGUGAAAAGCCAUACAAGUGUGAAAUUUGUUCUAAACAAUUUAAUCAGGAUGGAAGUUUGAAAAUGCAUUUAAGGAUACACACGGGACAAUAGCCUUAUAAGUGUUAAAUUUGUUCUAAACAAUUUAAUCGGGAUGGAAAUUUGAAAAUGCAUUUAAGGAUACACACUGAAGAAAAGCCUUAUACGUGUGAAAUUUGUUCUAAGCACUUUAGUCAAGAUCAACAUUUGAAAUACCAUUUAAGAGUACACACUGGAGAAAAACCUUACAAGUGUGAAGUCUGUUCUAAGCAAUUUAGUCGAAAUGGAGAUUUGAAAAGGCAUUUAAGGAUACACACUGAAGAAAAGCCUUAUACGUGUGAAAUUUGUUCUAAGCACUUUAGUCAAAAUAAAUAUUUGAAAAACCAUUUAAGAGUACACACUGGAGAAAAAUCUUACAAGUGUGAAGUCUGUUCUAAGCAAUUUAGUCGAAAUAGAGAUUUGAAAAGGCAUUCAAUGGUACACACUGGAGAAAUGCCUUACAAGUGCAAAAUUUGUUCUAAGCAUUUUAGUCGGUAUGGACAUUUGAAACAGCAUUUAUGGUUACACCUUAAAUGACCUAGAUCGAACCCUCUUGUAAACACACCGUCGACCUAGAGGUUUUCAGGUACUACUAGGUUCUACUGUGAAAUUCACACUGGGUGUACAGUACGGUUAAGAUAGGAAUGCGCAUUUGCCGAAUUUCACGCCAUGCGACUGGCAGCACAAACAGGUCGAAGUACUAAUCACGUACAGAACCGUACAAAGGGUUUUACGGCGGGGCUGUAUUAUGGGUAAAACUAUCUUGUUUUGAUUUUAAUUUAUAUUGCAAAUUAGAAUAAAACACAGAGACAUUAGAUAUUUAUUAUAAGAUUAUUAUUAGAUAUUUACAAAUAAUUAUCUUCAAGAAGUCAAAUAAGAGGCAUGAAUUUUAUUGAAAAGACUUUUUUUAAUAAUAAAAUAAUUUAAUAAAAAGAAAAAAGAAGUUUUUAGCGAGAAUUUUAUUUUAAAAUUGUAUACCUACCUACUUUGUUGAACUAACAAAUAUAUUUUAAAAUACCAUUUUCGAUGGCUAUACAUGAUACAAGGUGGGAUCAAACAAGAAGCAUGAAUUUUAAUAAAAAGACUUUUGUAAUAAUAAAAUAAUUUAAUAAAAACAAAAGAGAAGUUUUUAGCGAGAAUUUUAUUUUAAAAUUGUAUACCUACCAACUUUAUUGAACUAAAAUAUGUUUUAAAAUACCAUUUUCGAUGGCUAUACAGGAUACAAGGUGGGAUCAAAUAAGAAGCAUGCAUUUUAAUAAAAAGACUUUUUUUUAAUGAUAAAAUAAUUUAAUAAAAACAAAAAAGAAGUUUUUAGCGAGAAAUUUAUUUUAAAAUUGUAUACCUACCUACUUUGAUGAACUAACAAAUAUAUUUUAAAAUACCAUUUUUGAUGACUAUACAGGAUACAAGGUGGGACCUCUGAUAACUGCAUCAAUCGAUUAUGGAAAAAUUAUGGUUAGUAAAAUUUCGAUAUUUUAGGUAUAUACAUAAUAUAUUUGCCUAUAGAAUCAAAACCUACUAGAUCCAUGUUUUGAAAAUUUUCAGGAGACUAAAAAAACAUUAAAAAUGUAAAUUUUCCAAAAAGUAUCCGGCAUGGCUCAAUCAAAGGGGCAUCAAUAAAUGUUAUAAAAUGGCACACUAAUUUGGUAUAGAGUCAUUUUUCUGCAUGCCGCUUACAUUUUCAGAAAUUUGUUCUUUUUGUUUGGACUUAGCAGAUUUUGAUUCUAAGCCCACAUAAUAUUGUCCAAAUUCCUCAUUUUCAACUGCUUUUAGGGGCAAUUAAUGCACUAAAAGUGGGUAUUGAACCAUUUUGACAGGAAAGCAUACAAAAUAUACAAGAAAACGAAGUACUUUAUUCGCAGUGACAUACCCAGGGGGGUUUGAGGGUUACAACUCCCCUCACCCCAUUGGAAUGUACUUUGAGCUUAAAUUGGCGGUAUUCUAUACCCCCAGAAAUCCUCCAGUAGUUGUAACCCCCCUUAGGAUAAUCCUGGUUACGCCGUUGCUUUAUUGUUCAUAAAGUAAUGGACAUAGCAGGAUUUGAUUCUAACGUGUCAACAUUCCACGGGUAUUUUAAAGCGGAUUUAGAAGGUUCUGAGCCGAAACCUUAUUCCUGUAGAUUAAUAUAUACUUAUAUACUUAAUAUAACAUUACAAAUGUGUAAAAAAAGAGAAAACGAAAACUUUUGGAUUUAGCAGGGUUUGAUUUUGAUGGGCUCAUUUCGUGUACCAUAUCCUAUAUCCAAGUUCAAUUGUUUUGUAGUUAUUAACGUUUGAAAAGUGGCCAUUUUCACAUUUUGGACAGUUAUGACAUCAAAACGGUUUGACUUAGAUCGAAACGGUUUGCACGUUCCUAUUUAAACUUUUCAUAAGCUACCGAAAAGCUUUCCAACAGCCAAUAUACCUAAUACCCACUCAAGUUCUUUGCACUCAGCCCAAUACCCGAAAAGCUCGUACUGUGAUUGGACUGAUAAAUGCAUUUCAUUGGUUGUAGAAUAAUCGAGGUUAGUCACAGGUAAUCAAUUAUACUAAUGUCGCCCUCUGCAUCCAAGAUGUCGGAUUCGCUUUCGCUACUUUCACCUAUUUUUGCUUUGUUACUUGUGCGAAACAGUCUUGGAUCAACUGGCGCACCUCUUCAUUUUUAAAAAUAGUAUUAUGGGUAGCUACAUAUCGCUUAAGUUUGUUCCACACCAUUUCUAUAGGAUUUAAGUUGCAAUGAUACAUUAUAAAUGAUUACAUUGUAAAACAUAUUCAUCAAGAUUAUACUGAUCGUGUUGAUCUUUAAAAGCACGCACUGUUUCUAAUAGCUCAGAUUUCAAAAAUCUAUUUCGAAAUUUUUCAAGCUUUAUAUAAAAGAAUCGCUACUGCAAGUACAAACUAAUAAAAAAAAUAGUACUUCCCAAGCUAUUUAUACAUUUCGUGGAUUUCCUUUUUUUUAUUCUACUGUAUAGAUAAUAUAAAAUAUUAUACUCGUACUGCCGGGAGAUGCAUUUUAUCCAAGCCAGUCCUGUGCGAAGCUCUUGAGAGAGCAAUCAACAACUGGUGAAGAACGACAACCCUGUACGUUUAUUGCUCAUAAGAAAUGUAUUGCCCUAUCUUAGCUGUACUGCACUUUCGAUGUGAAUUUCUCUAUAGCUGUUCCGUAAUAUUCAGCGUUCGAAUGAAACAGGAUUGAAAAUACUGGAACCCGUACCAGCCAGAUCGUCGCCACCAAAUCGAAGGUUCCAGAUCAGAGGCAUACUGGUAUAUAAGAGAAUUUGUGUGGAACUGACUUAGUAAUAAUUUCGAUGUUAACCCGGCGCAUGCCUGGUGAAAAAACUGACGUCACCUGCCUAGACGAAUAUCUUGCACCCGAAGAUACCUAUUAUAUACGUUUAUUUUACAAAUUAAAUAAAAAUCGAUUACUUACAUAAA